AUGCACUCCUUCAGGACGACAUCCAUCGCCCUCCUCUCCCUCUUCACCACCACCCUCGCCCAGACCUUCACAUCAUGCAAUCCCUUGGAGCGGACCGAUUGCCCGCCCAACACUGCGCUGGGUGUCGGCAAUUACUCGAUUGAUUUCACUCAGAAUACAAUGUCAGACAAAGUUUGGAAUGUCACGGCUGGCGGAAUCGAUUAUGGAGAUGACGGUGCCGAGUUCACAAUCAAACAGCGUGGCCAGUCGCCCACGGUCCAGACGAACUUCUUUCUGUUCUUUGGGCAAGUUGAGGUUAUCAUGAAAGUCGCCAAGGGUCAAGGCAUAGUGUCUUCAGUUGUUUUGCAAUCGAUGGAUCUCGACGAGGUGGACUGGGAAUUCAUCGGAGGCAACAACUCAUUUGUUGAAACUAACUUUUUCAGCAAAGGAAAUCAGACUGACUACGGCAAUGCCAUCUGGUAUCCCAUCAAUGACCCCCAAAAUGAAUGGCACAAUUACACAUUGGAUUGGUCGAAGGAGAAGCUUGACUGGAUCGUAGACGGAAACAUCAUUCGCACUUUGACAUAUGAAGAAGCUAAUGGCGGCCUCAAAUUUCCCCAAACUCCCUGCGAUGUCAGACUCGGCAUCUGGGCAGGUGGUGAUCCCAAAAUGCCCAAGGGUACUAUUGAAUGGGCAGGUGGCGAAACCGAUUACGACGAUGCUCCCUUCACCAUGACUGUGAAGUCUGUCAGAGUGUCAGACGCCAGCAGAGGUACCCAGUAUGUGUAUGGCGACACCUCGGGAAGCUAUCAGAGUAUUAAGAUCCUCAAGUAA